AUGUCACUGUCAAUUCCCCUCCCCACAUCGGGCCCGUCUCUACCCCCGUCGCCACCACAGAACAUGUCCACGCUGGCAGCAGCGUGCAACGACGACUCGGGCAAGUCGCGAGCAGGCUCGCCGGCGUCCGUGUGCCCCAACUCGCCCCCGACCCCGCCGUUCAAGGAGGUCACCUGUCAGGGCGACAUGGACCACAUGGACGUGACCGAAGACCUGCUGACGGAAAGAGAAGCCCAGUCGCAAGACGCCCCGCCACACGAUACCCAAACGGCGCCACCGACCCCGGCGGUCGCGGACGCGGUGCUUUCAACCUCCACCUCGGCCCUGCCGUCGCCCCCACUGCGAAAGUCGGCGCUGCUGGACUCGGCCAACUGGUCCAUUCUGACCCACUCCCCCCCAGUCAUUGGCAUAGACACAAAAACACUCGUGGAUGCCAUUGACUUCCAUUACUCCACACGACUCCCCCGGGUGGAUAAAAUGUUCCCCUGGCUCCACGGCCUGCACCCCAGCAACGUGAACCAGCGCACCUUCCUGCACCCCAACCGUCGCGUCAACAAGGAGUUCACCACCGAGUUCAUCCCCAACAACUCGUCGUUCCCAGUGUCGCAGGCGCCGGGAGCCUCCACCCCGCUGCCCUCCCACAAGGACAUCCCGUCCGAAGUGCGCGGACUCAUCAUCGUCAAGGCCAACAGACGGCAGGUCGCCGCAAACACCCCCGUGCAGUACAACGGGUUUGGCCACGCCAUGAAGGGCGAAACCCUCAGAGAGGCCCGCCACUCGGGCUCCAUCAUCGGCACCAUCUUCCUGGAGGACUUUUUGGAGGGCGACGCGGAAAAGGAAGACUUCCAGGACAAGUUCAAGUUUCUGGACGCGCCCGAGGGCAUCUCGCUGCGAAAGUUCCAGAUCCAGGUCGCCAAGUGGGCUGUCAUCUCCGACAUUGUGCUGUACGACUCGGCCGAGGGUCUCACCCCGCGGCUACUCAGGCUCGCCGAAAUCGUGUCUGGCGCUCAGCGACGGUUUGCCGCUGAGAAUGAAAAGCUCCACCAGGUCUACCGCACCUUUGUGUUCACGGACUCCAUCACCCAGCUGGAGCAGGAGGCCCCCCACACUGUCACCAUGUCGCACAAUCUCUCCCCCGACGAGAUUGACGAGCAACGGCUCAAGAACUGGGAUGCCAACCUUCUAUUCCAUGAGCGGGUCGAGAUCUCUAUGAUGUCUACCGCCACUCCUAUCGCCUGCGACGUGUGGCUGGGAAACACAACCGACUUUGAUGCGUACACAGCAUCUCUGUCUGCAGCCAAGCAGGCCAAGCAGGUCAAUAAGCAUCACGGCGACAUUGAUGCGGCCGCAGUCAAGGCCCCCGCCAACUGGGUGACCAUUAUUGACUGCCAGGAAAAUGCCCGACUAGUUCCCCUGGCUGUGUUAGACCAGUACAUUCGGGAGGCUGAGGCAUGCAUUGUCGACCCCUCCCGACGACUCUCGCCUCUCCAGCUAGGCUUCCCCUCUUCGGGAUCAAUUCCCAUCCAAGCCCUGACCCCCGAAAACGUCUAUUCCAUCAUUAACGUGUGCAAACUCAUCUAUUUGCGAUCUAAAUGCACAUAUGGAGGCAAGCCUGCCGCAUCUCUAGUCUUUUGCAAUGAUGGAUAUACUGAGACGUCGCUUCUGGCGCUCAUUUUUCUCAUGUACUCCACCGGAUGCCGUGCCCCUCAAGCGUGGGUUGAUUUGCAUGUACAGUACAAGCGGCCGUUCUUCUGCUUCCCCAUUGAUGUGACUGUGGCGUCUGCUCUUCAGACUGCUUUGCACAAGUACUCGCCUGCUCUAAACGAGAAGCUCUCUUCUGGAGCAGAGUACACUGGCAUGCCCCCCAACCUUAUGUUCCUAUCGGACGAUGAGGAUAACGGCUCUGUGCGACAUGAAGACUCGUGGUUCAACCACUUUGACGGCUCCGUGCCCUCUCGAAUCCUGCCGCAUUUGUACCUCGGCUCCUUGGAUCAUGCUUCCAACCACGGUUUGAUUCAGAAGCUUGGAAUCAAGCGGAUCCUGUCUGUUGGAGAGCCUGUGCCUUGGGCUAUGGCCGAGGAUGCUGAUGAAGACGAGGAGAUUGACCUGGAGGAGGAGGCUCGCAAGGUGGCCCAUGAUCCAGAUCUUGUUAAGCUGGUGCGACAGACUCAGGAGCGUCGAGAGGCCCGAAAGCAUCUCUCUCGCGUGCUGUACGUGUCCAACAUCCAGGACGAUGGCAUUGACGAGAUCACCGACUCGCUAGCGCAGUGCCUGGACUUUUUGGACGAGGGAUACCGGCUGGGUGAAAUGACGCUGGUGCAUUGCCGAGUGGGAGUUUCUCGGUCGGCUACGGUUUGCAUUGCGGAGGUCAUGAAGCGGCUUGGCGUGGGGCUUCCGCGAGCGUACCUGUUUGUGCGUGUGCGGCGGCUCAACGUCAUCAUCCAGCCCAACCUGCGGCUCAUGUACGAGCUUGUCAAGUGGGAGGAGCGUCAUCGGGAUCAAGGUGAGGGCUGGUUGCGAGAGGUUGACUGGCACAUUCUCUGUCGUGAGAUUGCCAACAUGAACCGGGUUUAUAUUCCCGAGUAA